UACAUAUUACGUACCUACUUAGCGUUCGGAAGACCGACGAGCAUCACGAUCCCCCUUUAACUAGCGCCCACAUUCUGUUUGAUUACGUUUCGCAUAGUUUUCAAUACUUUUAGAUUUGUAAUCCUAUAGCCCUACUCUCUUUAGAAUGGGCUGCGCCGAUGAUUCACUGCGGUACCUAUACCUAAUUUACCUAUCCCAUCUGCCUUUAUCAUUUAUUAGAUCCCAUCUUCUCGUAAUACAUAGUAUCACACUUCAAAUAAAUCUCGAACUGCCCUCUUUCACUUAUGAGACAAAAUCGGCAAGCAGAAGCGCGGCAACUUUUGCAAGCUUAGUCCGGCGGACUUCGCAUCCAUUCAACUACGGAACGCACAUCGAUAUUAUGCAUAUGGUGUUACUCAUCUUGCUAGUGUAUUUGAAGGGCUAUCGGGUAUGUUUUUGCCUUAUGCGGAGAGGCACAUAUUAAUUCGUAACGGUGGUACGAGUAUGUAUGGACAAUCGUUUGCUGCGGAUACGCGAGUUGGCCGCGCUUGAUAUGCGACCAUUAGUCCGCCG